AUGGUUGAGAUUACAGAAUUGAUGUCAACGAGACCUCCUAUUCCCUCUCAAGAUGCAUCUCAAUCCGUGCAACAAAGGGUCAGGGUUGUUAUAUCUCCGCCACCUCCAUCUCCACCAUCUUCUCAACCUGAGAGUUUCUUACAUUCUGUUACAAGAUAUGGCAAAUACCAGCGCAAAACUAACAAGUCUCACUCAAAUGUCCAGAGCCUGUCACCAACAGACAGGACUGCGAAUAUAUCUUUGAGAGUUCUUACACCUUGUGGAAUUUGUGGUCGUGGAAUUUGUGGUCGCGUUGGUGAUGCUGGAGGUCGGGGUGGUAGUGUCACUGGAGGUCGUGGUGGUGAAACUGGUGGUCGUGGUCGGGGUGGUGGAAAUGUUGGCGGUCGUGUUGGUGGUGUAACUGGAGGUCGUGGUGGUGGUGUAACUGGAGGUCUUGGAGGCGGUGAAACUAGAGAUCGUGUUGGUGAAACUGGAGAUCGUGGUGGUGGUGGUGGUGGUAUUUGUGUUUGGGGAAGAGGAAGAGGAACACCAACAGCAGCACCCAUAUCUUCGACUCCUUCUCCUCCUUCAAUUUCUGAAGUUUGUUCAUCUUCUGGAUCACCAAACGUGGAUUGA